AUGUGGCCCUUCACCAGCACGGCCGCGACUCCCACUGCAGCGGCUGCCGCACCCGCCUCCUCAAUGUCCUUCCCUGCGCCAUCGAGGAAGGCGCGGGUGAGCGCGACGGGAUCCGCCGGGUCGUAUUUUUUAGGCUCCUCAACCUUUUCCGUCUACGAGGAGAUGGCGCGCCAGCUGCGCGAGGAGGGAUGGCGGCGCAAAACGGAGGCAGCGGUCGCCACGGCGGACUUCAUCCUGGGCGAUCGCUUCCACAUUCCUUACACCCUUUUGCGGGUCGAGCGGAUGGCGCUGUCAUCGUGGUUUGGCGGGACACGAUGGGUGAACUACUUCGAGGGCUCACAUCGGCUGACUCUCAAGGCGGCGAUGGUGCAGCUGAUGAAGGAGGUCGACACGCACUGGGCCACGUGGCUGCCAGAGUCGUAUGCGAUUGGCGGGGACCAGCUAAAGAAGGCAGAUGAGCGGCGUGCGCUGCUGGAGGCGCUCGCUGCGGCAGGCGACGAUGAUGCCGUGUGGAUCGUGAAGCCAAGCAGCGGGGCGAAGGGCCGGCGCAUUCUGCUGCUCCGCGCCUCCGCGGUGCCGGAGUGGCUGGAACAGCUGCCCGAGCCUAGCAGAUCCAUGUACGUGGUACAGCGCUACGUUGAUCGACCGCUGCUGCUCAGUAACGGCCGCAAGUUCGACAUUCGCGUGUGGGCACUGCUGGUGAGUCCCUACAGUAUCUACGCCUACACACAAGCCAGCUGCCGCACCGCGAGUGUGCCGUACGACUUGUCAGAUAUCGCCAACACGCACGCACACCUCACGAACCACUGCCUGCAGAAAGACGCAGCGCAUUUUGGCGAGUACGAAGAGGAAAACGAGAUGUGGCUGCCGCAACUGCAGUCCUACCUUACCUCCAUCGGCAAGCCGGCAGAUCUGCUAGAGACCCACGUGCUUCCCGCCAUCAAGGAGCUCCUUGUACGCACGCUCCUCGCAAUGAUGCCGGAGAUGGCCGUUCCCGCCACGGAGGCGUACAAGUGCUUCCAGCUUUUCGGCUACGACGUGAUCCUCACGGAGGAGGCGGAGGUGCGGCUGCUGGAGAUCAACGGCUCUCCUGGCAUUGCGGAGCGCUUCCUUACCCCACUGGUGCGGAGCAUGCGGGAGCUUCUCGGGGCAGGGCCAAAGGACGGCACAUGCUCGAAAACGACCGCCUGUAACUCCGACGGCACGUCCCAUGAGGGGUUUAGCGAGAACGGUAGCAGCAGCAACAGUGGCUGCGCCAGUCCGACAAGCACAUCCAGCAGCUGCUCAGGGCGACGGCGCACUCCGCGUGCUUCCUCAGCAGCGACGCCGACCACAACGGUUACGCGGAAUUGGCGGCUGGAGGACGAGGGCUUCGUGCUGCUAUGGUGUCGCGGCGAUGCGGUGCCGCCUGGCUUGGUGGGUGUGUGCUAG